CUUGUCUGGUCCUUGCGGAAAACGAAAGGCUCAACCCCUCUUCCUCCUCUCCUCGCCGGAUUCGUUGCAAACCUCUCCAAAACCCACCCCUAUCUCUCCCCUCCUCCUUAAAAACCCUAACCCUAACCGUAACUGCUUCUUCAAGAUUGCAGGGAUAGAGAGAGAAUGCCCGAUUGUCGCCGGCGAUGACGCCCCGGGCGGUGAAUUCCCGGCACGCCGUGGAGUCGUGCGCCCUCCAGCUCCACGCCUGGAAGCCCUUCCAGCUCCAAAGCCGCGGCGUUGAUCCCUCCUCCUCCAAGCCCUACCCCUUCCACGCCAAGAAACCCUGCCGCCCCGAUCGCUCCACCGCUCCUAUCCCCUCCACCGCCGCCGACUCCAUUGACCUCUCCCGUCUCAGCCUCUUCGACGACCCUCCGCCCCGCCCUCGGGAGGAGAGCUUCCGGUGGCUCGCCCGGAAGCGCCGCCGCAGGGGGUCCCGGUCGGUGUCCGGUCGGAGCAGCGACCGGAGCGGCACCCGCCGACGGGGCAGCGCAUCGGCGGCAUACGCCACCUGCUCUGAUUUUCCACUCGCGGCCGGGGGCACGGACUCCAGCGGGGAGCUGUUCUUGAACGGGGAUGGGAGCUGGGGGUCGGACGUCAGCGAGGCGCGGAUCUCGAGGAAGGAGAGCAGGGAGGUCGCGGGGGGAGGUGGGUUGGAGAGGGAGAGCUCCGGAUUCGGGUCGUUUCAGGGCGGAGGAGGGGCUGGGGCUCUGGAAUCGCAGGGGAAUGAGUCCGGGUAUGGCAGUGAACCGGGGUACAGGGGCGAUGGCGAGCUUGGCUAUGACGAUGAGUUUGAUGAGGAGGAUGAGGAUGGGCGGCAGUUAUUUUGGGGCGAAAUGUUUGGAGAUACCAAUCAGAUGGGAAUUGUAGGUGAGAAUAAAUUUUCAGAGCAGAAGACUCACCACAGAGGCAGGCGGAAGAAGCAUGAUUGGAGAUCAAUGGCUCCAUAGAGAUAAUAACGAAGCAUCUUAUUAUAAUUUGCUGCAUGAAAUGAUUAAAUCGUGAUUAAUGUAACAGAAGUUAGUUAUAGUUACCCAAUGCCAAAUGCAGUCAUGCUGAUUGUUUGGAUGUAAUUAAAGAACAUUGUGUUUUUUUUUCAUUAUAAUAUUAGAACCCAUCAGUUGCAAUGCUAGUUUUAAUUCAGACUCUGAAAUAGUUGAUAUAAAUGGAUAUUAUUGCAUCAAUUGGUGGUGUACCUGGAAUAUUUUGAUCAAGCAAAUUCUUAUCUGUGGUUUCCCU